GUCCGUAAGGCUGGGUACAUCCCUACCUCUGGUAGAGGUAUUAUGCGUAUGUACAUAGGGUACCUGAUAGGUACCACCCACGUACCUAAACUAUAGGCGCCCACCUAGGUACGUACCGACCUCCCUCUUGAUUACAUAACACAGAUGAGUCACGUCACAUGAUUGCCGUCCUGCCUUGUUCCCGCUUUUCUCUUUCUCCCAUCUUUCCUAUGUUUUGUGCCCCUAGUUUUCAGCCCUGCCUGGGGGUACCUAGUACCUACCUCUACCUCCUAACCUCCUAGGUACGGGUUAUGUAUAGUAGGUACUUAGGUACCUAAGGUAGACUAGGUCUAGGUAGGUAUCGGCAUCCGCGACGCGUUUAGUCUCUGGCAACAAAUCCUCAGUUUUUAUUCCUCUUCUUUUCCUUCAAUUCCCUACCGCUCUCGCCCUCCAUGCUUCUCCCCAUCGCCAUCCCCGGAGAUCGCCAUCGUUCGUCACGACUUGUCCGGGCCGACCCGGUGAUCGAUUUAGCUGCCGCGUCUACCUGCGAUCCUUGCGCUCCGACCACGAUGAAUCUGGAAAGAGCUCCGUCCGUCUCCCUGGUCGUCUCCCUGGUCGUCUUCCCGGUCGUCCCUCUCCGUUGCCCACGGACCUGAGAGCUGCCGUACUAGGCUAUCUCCGGCAGCCCUGCCAUUCAGUUCGGCAUGCCCUCGCCCCCGUUCCAGAUGUCGUCGCCGCUUCACGGCACCGAGCGGAGGUCCCAGUUCACGUACCGGCAGCUAAACCUGCUGGCGUCCUAUUCCACCUCGUCGCCUCUGCGCGUGGUCGCGCACAUCGAUCUCGAUGCUUUCUACGCCCAGUGCGAGAUGGUACGUCUCGGCGUUGCUGAAGACCAACCUCUAGCCGUCCAGCAGUGGCAAGGGCUAAUCGCGGUCAACUAUCCCGCUCGCGCGUUUGGCAUUGGUCGCCACUGCACCGUGACGGACGCGAAGAAGCUCUGCCCCGGGCUGCUGGCGCAGCACGUCGCUACCUGGAAGGAGGGCGAUGAUCGAUGGGCGUAUCACGAAGACGCGGCGUCUCAGAUCGGAACUCACAAGGUCUCCCUGGAUCCCUACAGGCUUCAAUCACGCAAAAUCAUGACGCUGAUCAAGGAGAGUCUCCCCCCCGAUCUGCAGAAGGUUGAGAAGGCAAGUAUAGACGAGGUCUUCCUUGACCUGUCCGCUCAGGUUCAUUCCAUCCUCCUACAGCGAUUUCCCGAGCUUUCCCGCCCUUCCCUCGCCGAUGAUCCCUCGGAGAGACUGCCUCCGCCCCCGAUAACCGCUCUCGACUGGCAGGCUGACGCGCUCGUCGACCUGGAGGAUGCAGAAGCCGAGGCUGACGAUCCAGACUGGGACGACGUAGCUAUUCUCAUUGGGUCGGAGAUUGUUCGAGACAUACGAGCCAAUAUCCGCCGAACGCUGCGCUAUACCUGUUCCGCGGGCAUAGCAGGCAAUAAAAUGCUCAGCAAGUUGGGCUCUGGCUACAGGAAGCCCAACCAGCAGACGGUCAUACGGAAUCGGGCCGUGAAACGCUUCCUGUCCGACAUGAAAUUUACUAAAAUUCGCAAUCUGGGAGGCAAACUCGGAGAACAGAUCGUUUCGGCUUUCCACACGGAGGCGAUCGAGGAUUUGCUGCUGGCGCCGGUAGAACAGAUGAAGCGGAACCUAGGAGACCACACGGGAGUCUGGCUCUACAAUACGAUUCGCGGGACUGAUGCGACAGAGGUCAACUCGCGGACGCAGAUCAAGUCGAUGCUGUCCGCUAAAUCCUUCAGGCCUAGCGUCAAUAAUUACGAGCAAGCGGUCAAGUGGCUACGAAUCUUUGCCGCGGACAUCUUCUCGCGAUUGGUGGAGGAAGGCGUCUUGGAGAAUAGGAGGCGGCCGAAGACGAUCAGCCUACACCAUCGCCAUGACGGGCAGACCCGCUCACGACAGAGUAGCAUCCCCCAAGGCAAGACGCUCGACGAAGCAACGCUGUUCGAGUUAGCCAAGAGCCUGCUCAGUCAAAUUACCCAAGAAGGUAGAGCGUGGCCAUGUGCCAACCUGAGCCUUAGUGUCGGGGGGUUCGAAGACGGCAUCACUGGGAAUAGAGGUAUAGGCGACUUCUUAUUGAAGGGGCCUGGGGUACACGAAUCGGGGGAAGCCCCUCGGGACGCUUCGGUAGAACUAUCCGCGCAUGAACGGCCGGAGAAGAAACGGCGGGUCGAUAAUCCCGGUAUCCAACGAUUCUUUCCUAGGAAGAGGGGUUCGUCGGGUGGGGACGACGAGGGAAAUAUCGACGUCGGCAUGGCUGAUACGGGUAAAGCCCAGAUUGAGACGAGGGGGACGUCGCCAAAGCGAACGGGAAGUAACCCGAAGCCAAUGACGGAUUACAUGUGUACGCGCUGCGAUGCAGGGCUCGUGGAUGCCGAGGCCUUGCAAAGUCACCUCGACUGGCAUUUCGCCAGAGACCUCCAGGAGGAAGAACGUGGCAGGCAGACAUUUGCCAGGAGCCACGCGGGAGCACCACGCGGCCAGAGAUUUGUAGCCGCGCCAUCUUCGUCUAGAAAGUCGGCGAGAGGCAGUGCCUCGGGCAAGAACAAGCUCGAGCAAGGGCAGAGUAGAUUGAAGUUUGGGUGA